AUGAGGCCCCCGACUGAAUACGAUGGUGGUGAAAGAAUGCCAGCCGAGGCUGAGGAAGUGGACCCUCGGGCUCCGGCGAUGAUGAUCUGCGCCAGGCUGGCUGGAAGAGCCAUUAUCAGAGUAGUUGGAAGAUGCGAAGAUGCCCAGGAAAACAGCCAACUAGAUUUAUCAGAAUGCCAAUUAAUGCAAGUGCCUGAUGCAGUAUAUCAUUUGAUGAGACACACAGAACUAAAGAGUUGCGACCUUAGCGGGAACGUAAUAACUAAAAUACCACCAAAGUUCACAGUAAAAUUUAGUUUAAUCACAGAUUUAAAUUUGUCAAACAACCAAAUGGCAAGACUACCAGAUGAGUUGUGCACACUUGCUUGUCUGCAAAGGCUGGAUAUAUCUCAUAAUACCUUUGUAGCCCUCCCACACAUAGCCUGUCAGUGUCCCAGUCUUCACACACUUUUGGCGCACCACAAUCACAUUAUUGAAGUGGAUGUUGACAGAUUAGCCAGAUCCAGGGCUCUUGAAUAUGUUGAUCUUAGCGAUAACCCCAUACCGCCAAGAAUACAAGAUGAACUAAAACAACUUUCAAGACCAUCAGUGUCAGUGUCCGAAAGGGAAAAAGAAGAUUGGGAAGAAGAUCUCUUAAUA